AAUAUAGAUUCUUGUUAAAAGUUUGGUUUCGUACGUUCCUGAUCUAUUCGUAACGAUCUACCUGCAAAAUGAUUAACUGGUUUCCAGGAAGAGCAUAUUUAUUAAUGGCAGUUUAAAGCAGCUCCCGUAACUUGGAGAACCUCGCCCUCUUUUGUAACAGUCUUACAAUGGCUUCCUUGUGGCAAGCAAUAUUUCUACUUUAUGCCAUUUUCAAAAUUAUCAGCAUCACAAAUCUGAGUAACGCUUGUAAUGAACUAGUUUGUGCGUCGAUUGUAACGAAAUGCAUGCUAAUACGGAGCUGCGAUUGCAGCAUAACCAGCUGCACCUGUUGUCCGUCCUGCCUACGCUGUCUGGACACUUUCUACGCAGAAUGCUGUGAUUGUGUGGGCAUGUGUGACAACACCAAAGAACCACAAAAUGCAACUAAAGUUUUCCACGAGUCGAGUCUCAGCGGAAGUCCUGAACUCUUCAAAGCACUUUUGACGGAUCCUGAUCCGGCAGAUAGUUGGCUCGUCUUUGAAUUUCCUGUAAAUGUGAAUCAAAUGAUCACCAAAGAAGAUCAUCUUAAUCAGUGGUACAAACAUCAACAGAAGCUGAUCAUUGGUGGUAUGAUUAAUUGCAGCCUCGUUUUUUUGGAAGAUUGCGCGUCCGAGGCUAAGUGUAAAAAGAUCUGUGAAUCUAUGGGUGCUGAGGUGAGUAUAUGGUUCCAGGAUGGUUGCUGCGAAUGCUCUGGAUGCCCAAGCAUUGCAAUAUUUGAAAGUCGUUGCUCGAAUUGUCCAUUAUUCGAAGGAUUAGAUCCUGACGAGGAUUACGAUUACUUGGGAGAGGACGACGAGGAAGCAAUAUAUGACCAAAUGCCACUUGAUGCGGAGUCCGAGGAGAAAGAUUAAACGGAAACACAAUUGUAACUUUAAUCUAUAUUUAUAUUAUGUUAUUGAAUAAUAAACUUCGCUUAAUACAAUAAACAUUCAAACGUUA